AUGGUGGUGGUCAAGCUCUUUAAAAUCACCAUCUUCCCAAGGUUUGGGGUCCCUAGAGUGGUUAUAAGUGAUGGAGGUUCGCAUUUUGUGAACAAGGCUAUAGAGGGACUGCUAAGGAAGCAUGGUGUCAAGCACAAGAUAGCUAGUCCAUAUCACCCUCAGACCAGUGGCCAAGUAGAGAGUUGUCAUCUACCAGUGGAGCUUGAGUACAAUGCUCUUUGGGCUGUUAAAAUGUUGAACUUUGACAUUAAGACAGUCCAAGAGAAGAGGCUACUCCAGUUGCAUGAACUUGAAGGGAUCAGACUCAAUGCCUUUGAGAGUGCAAGGAUAUACAAGGAAAAGAAAAAGAUCUUGCAUGAUCAGAAAAUUCUCAAGAGGGAGUUUAAGGUGGCAGAUCUGGGUUUAGAAGUUAGAACCUAUGGAGCAUUGGUCUUGGAGGGAAAAGAUGGAAAAGGUUUUGUUCUGAAUGGACAAAGAGUCAAGCAUUACCUUGUUUCUGAGAAGAGAGAGGAGGCAUCUAAAGUUCGUCUAGAUGAUCCACCAGCCUGUUAA